GUUGAAAGAGAAAUAGCUAUUAUGAAAUUAAUUGAACACCCACAUGUCCUAGGAUUAUAUGAUGUCUACGAAAACAAGAAAUAUCUGUACCUGGUGCUGGAACAUGUGUCUGGAGGGGAGCUUUUCGACUACCUCGUCAAGAAGGGAAGACUCACUCCCAAAGAGGCGAGGAGAUUCUUCAGACAAAUUAUAUCCGCCUUAGAUUUUUGUCAUAGUCAUUCUAUAUGUCACCGCGACCUCAAGCCCGAGAAUCUGCUCCUCGACGAGAAGAACAACAUCCGGAUCGCGGACUUCGGCAUGGCGUCGCUGCAGCCGGACGGGUCCAUGCUGGAGACGUCGUGCGGCUCGCCCCACUACGCCUGCCCCGAGGUCAUCCGGGGCGAGAAGUACGACGGGCGACGCGCCGACGUGUGGUCGUGUGGGGUCAUUCUGUACGCCCUCCUGGUUGGUGCUCUGCCCUUCGACGACGACAACCUCCGGCAGCUGUUGGAGAAGGUGAAGCGGGGCGUGUUCCACAUCCCUCACUUCGUGCCCCCGGACUGCCAAGACCUCCUGCGUGGCAUGAUCGAAGUCAACCCCGAAAAGAGACUCACGCUCGAAGAGAUCAACAAGCACGCGUGGGUGGUGGCCGGGGGCAAGGGCGAGCUGGAGUUAGAAAAGCCCAUGAUGGAGGUGGUGCAGACCCACAUCAUCCCCACCAAGGAGAGCAUCGACCCUGACGUCAUCAAGAACAUGGCGUCCCUCGGGUGCUUCAAGGACAAGGAAAAGGUGAUGUUGGAUCUCCUCGACCCGUGCCACAACACGGAGAAGGUCAUCUACUUCCUCCUGCUGGACCGGAAACGGCGGAAACCGGCGUGCGAGGACGAGAACGAGAUCAUCCACCGGUACCGGUCGGAGUCCGCCGACCCGCCGCGGAAGAGGGUCGACACCUGCUCCGUGAACGGCACCAUGUCCCACUUCGAGCGCCUGUCGGAGGGCUCGCCCAUCACGCCCCGCCGCAACAACAUGCCUCACCAGUCGUCGCACACGCUUCCCUGCAGCCGGCGCCGCUCGGGAAACAACAACAGCGGCAGCCACUCGCCUCUGCACUCGAACAACGUGACGCCGACGGCCUCCCCGGUGUCGUCGCCUCGCACCUCGGGACGGGGGCGGGACCGUGGCCACGAGCACUAGCAGCCACCAACAGUCCGGCAACAGCACCUCCGACGAGAGUAGCACGCCGUCUGCCCCAGGCUCCCCCUACUCGGCGCCAUAUUGGAAAUCUCGUCUCAACACCAUUAAGAAUUCAUUCCUAGGUUCCCCGCGCUUCCAUAGGAGGAAAUUACAAGUUCCGACAGACGAGGUGCACCUCACGCCGGAGUCGUCGCCGGAGCUCACGAAGAAGUCGUGGUUCGGGUCGUUGAUGAGCACUGAGAGGGACGAGACCUACACCAUCCUCGUGAAGGACAAGGCGCUGGCCACCGUCAAGGCCGACCUCAUCCACGCCUUCUUGUCGGUCGCUGAGCUAAGCCACAGCGUGACGUCGCCGAUGAGUUUCCGCGUGGAGUACAAGCGAGGCAGCACGGGGCCCGCGGUGUUCCAGAGACACGUGCGGUUCCAGGUGGACAUUACUCCAGUGUGUCCCCCUAAUGACCCCAACCCGCUCUACGCCAUUAACUUCAUUCUUCUCUCUGGUAUGAUGGGUAAUAUACGACGGUUUCGGCGAAUAUGUGAGCACAUCCAGUCGCAAGUGUGCAGUCGACGGCCGCCAGCAUCCCCUCGGGUCGGCCGGAAGUUCACCACGGAGCUGUCAGAGUCCUCGUCGUGUGGCUCAGACACGUCAGAGCGGCUGUCACCCUUCCCAGCAGGCAAACAGGUGCAGUGAGGCAGGCGUAUGCGCGAGGGCGUGAGAAGAUAUCCCUAAACAAUGAGUGCUUGAAGAUAAAGGCUGAAUGUUUGACAGGAUCAUGAGUUAGAGGCAUGAGGAGAUCUAAUGACAGGAGCCAAGGCCAAAUUAUGACUGGAGGCUUCAUCUCUCUCAAGAUUUUCAGUAAAAUGCAAUGAAAGUAAAA